CAACCCGGAAGUAUCCAUUCACCCUCAGCCUGAUGAGAGCAUGAACUAACGACAUUGAUAAAAACAGACAUGUCUGCAGGUUGUGCCAGAUGGCUGCUCAACUUUUCAACCCGAGCGAUAAGAAGUAGCAGCCCAGUUUAUCGGUUAUCCUUAGCGAGAAGUACCACAUGCACAGACAAACCCAAUGUCUUUACAAUCUUCUGGAGUCGAUCUAUGUUAUGCACAACGGCAGAGAACACUCCAGAAACCCCCACACCUAAGAAGAAGAAGCCUAGUGGACACAGUAAUGCCUCUAUAAGCAGCAUUGGCAGGAAGAUCCCCCAUCGUCUUAUACAGGUUAUAGGGGAGAGUGGGGGCAACAUGGGGACAAUGCACCGGUCUGAUGUCCUCCGAAUCAUGGACGAGCAGGGACUGAAGCUGGUGCUGCUGAGCGAGAACCAGGAUCCCCCCGUGUACAGGCUGAUGAGUGGCAAGCAAAUUCAUGAGGAGCAGCUCAUGCUCAGGGAGAAGCAGAAAGCAAAGCCAGCACCUGUCCAAGUAAAGGAGCUCACUUUUUCCUCUGGUAUUGCCACUCACGACCUCACAACCAAAUUAAAACAAGUGGAGAGUUGGUUGGAGAAGAAACACCAUGUCAGAAUAACCCUUCGGUCCAGUCGCAAUUCUACUGGCAACAUGGACUCAAAUUUGGAGAGCUUAGUGCAACAAAUGGAGGUCGAUUUUGGAUAUGUGUCAAAGCCUAAAGUGAUCCGAGAUGGUCAGGCGGCGAUGUGCAUCCUGAGGCCCCCUUCAGCCAAAGAACUCGCUCAAAAAUCCAAGAAAAAGCAAAUCGCAGAGUCCAGCACAGAGUCUGCUAGCACAUCAGUGGACGGCACAAAGAACACAAGUGAGAGUUCUGUACAGCAGUGACACUACAGGAGCAAAUUAGGGAUGGUUCCUCUGAUUUCAGUGAAGUAGGAUGAUUAUGUUGAAAACUUAGCUGAUAUUUGACACUGAUAUUUUUUCUGUGCUGCCUCAGUCUCUAUGUGCCUAUGUGUCGUGUAAUGGAAUUUAUUUCCCAGAUAAAUACAUUUUGUUAUUAUUUUUACAAAAGCAAAUAUUUUACUCUUUUGUAAACUUCACUAUAACUUCACAUACAUUUGGUCCUUGCUAUGGAUUUUAAAAGCUAAUAUCUACACGUAUUGGUCACAACAGCAAGUCAAAUUUUUUGGGGAAAAAAAUCCAUAUCGAACCAUCCCUAAAUCAAAUACUGUGUGUGGAGAAUAUUAGAAAAUUUACAAACUGCACUUGGAGUAUUAUAGAAGUUACAAGUGACGCUGGUUUAAAAUGAAAAGGACUUAAUUGUAUUCUGUAGCAGGAAAACCUUUUGAAGAUUGGUGUAACCAUAAAAUUGUGGUUCAGCUUUACUUGGAGCAAUGUUGAAUGUAAAUUUAUUGAAUCAAUUUUGAAUUUGAGUGUCAGCCACAGACAAGAUUUGUUUUUGUUAUCACUUAUCACAGAUGGAUUGUUACAAUGACUACAUAAAAACAUAUUUUACAAUCUCAAGACAAUCAAGAUAGGGUAUGAAAAUGUCUUUUGAUUGAGCACAUUUCUUUAAGUUUAAAGGUGCACUAUACAUGGAGAUAUUGCUGUUUUGUUUGGAAUGUUCUACGGUAUGAAUUAAACUUGCCUAUUACCAUAAAGACAACCACUAGGUCAAGUUAGUGGUCAAAUCUGUGGAAGUUCAAAUUAUUUUUUAGCAAAAACUGUAAUUGAAUGAAAAAAGAAAAGUUUAAUGCCAUAAGGUGGAAUGUUCCAGGCUAAGCAAGAACAUUCCCAUGGGGAUAAGCUGUUGGAGAGGUGGAGGUUGGAAAGUUGCAUUGUACUCCACACAGCACAAAACAUCCAAAAAUGUAUCUAAAGCAAUUUGAAAUUUAAAUUCAUUUCCUGCCUAAAAUUGCUGGUACACCUCGGUGUUUCAUAAAAGGAGUAUAGACUAGGCAAUGUUUUAUUUCAGCUCAAAACUGUUAGUAUGCAAAAUAAUAUGUUUAAAUAGCAUUGUAAAAAAUAACACAAAAAAGCAACAUUUAAACGUUU